CCACAGGGAGACUCAUUGUGGCUCCUACAUUACCUCUCUCUCACCCUAUUGUUUUAUACUUCUAGUGGCACACGCUCCGGGAUCAGCUCUGGCGUGGGCACUAGGCUAUGCACAGAGAAGGAUAAUGAAAGAAACGCACCAACGAGAGAGGUAGGGGUAAAUGAGAAAAGAGAUAAUUAAAGAGCGGAGGAAAAAAGGAGAAGAGAGGAGAAGCUUGCAUUGUAUUCUUCACAGGGAAAAAAACCUUGGAUUAAGCUGACUUUGAAACUGUUUGCUAUAAUUGUGAUCAUUCAAGGUGAUGAGCUCCAUUAAUCGUUGAACGUGACAUGCAACCCACCCCGGCCAGCGGCUCAUAAUCUUGGCUGUGUCCAGUCCACUCCUUCACCACGGUUUCAGCAUCCCUACCUCUUUCAGUUGUGAUCUGGCUUUCCAUUUGUUGGGACUUUAAUUUGGAGACCUCAAACUCACAGACCGCCAAUGCUUACAAGGAACUGCCUGCUACUGUUCCUUUGGUUUGUCUUCGACAAAGGCUCCCUGUCUCCUGUACGCCCGCCAGGCGCACCGCUGAGCAGGAGCAGUCUGGGAAAGGAGCAUCCCAGGAGCCUGGUGGGCCCGAUGAGAAAUGGGGCAUCUGGGUUUCAGAGAGUCAAGAGGGGCUGGGUAUGGAACCAGUUCUUCGUGCUGGAGGAGUACAUGGGGUCAGACCCACAGUACGUGGGCAAGCUGCACACUGACCUGGAUAAGGGCGAGAGCGCAGUGAAGUACACUCUCAUGGGAGAAGGGGCCGGCUCCAUUUUCACCAUCGAUGCAACGACCGGGGACAUCCAUGCCUUAAGAAGCCUUGACAGGGAGGUGAAGCCUUACUAUACCCUUCGCGCCCAGGCUGUCGAUAUCGACACAAACAGGCCCCUGGAGCCCGAAUCACAGUUUGUGAUCAAAGUCCAGGACAUCAACGACAAUGAGCCGAAGUUUCUGGAAGGCCCGUACACAGCUAGUGUCUCUGAGAUGUCACCUGUAGGGACAUAUGUGAUGCAGGUGACAGCCACAGAUGCAGAUGACCCUACCUACGGAAACAGUGCCAGGGUGGUCUACAGCAUCCUCCAUGGCCAGCCAUACUUCUCUGUUGAUCCCAAGACAGGUAUAAUAAGGACGGCCUUGCCGAACAUGGACCGCGAGGUGAAGGAGCAGUACCAGGUACUUAUCCAGGCCAAGGAUAUGGGAGGUCAGCUGGGAGGUCUGGCUGGGACCACUACCAUCAACAUCACCCUCAGUGACGUCAAUGACAACCCACCAAGGUUUUCCAAAAGUUUCUUUCACCUGAGAGUCCCAGAGUCCUCUGCAGUGGGUUCUGCUGUGGGAAGGAUCAAAGCUCAUGAUUUGGACAUUGGGAAGAACGCGGAAGUAGAGUACAACAUCGUACCGGGGGACGGAGGCAACAUGUUUGACAUCAUCACCAAUGAACACAAUCAGGAAGGAAUCCUCAUUCUCAAAAGGCCACUGGACUACGAAACGAAGAAGGCCUACACCUUCAAGGUAGAUGCAGAAAACGCCCACCUGGACCCGCGGUUCCACAGCUUCGGGGCCUUCAAGGACACAGCCACAGUGAAGAUUAACGUCCUGGAUGUAGAUGAGCCUCCAGUGUUCACUAAGCCCUCUUACGAGAUGGAGGUAUACGAGGACUCACCUGUAGGCGACAUCAUCGGAGCUGUCACCGGACAGGAUCUGGAUGCUAGCAACAGCCCUGUCAGGUAUUCCAUUGACUGGAAAAGUGACCUGGACAGCUACUUUGACAUUGAUCCAGUGGAGGGAACGAUUUCCACUAACGAACUCCUGGACAGAGAGAGUAUCGCCCAGCACAAUAUCACCAUUGUGGCCACCAAACUUAAUAGCCCAGUGCUGACCAGUAGAGUGGCUGUCACCGUUCAUGUACUGGAUGUCAAUGAGUUUCCCCCUGAACUAGCCAUCCCUUAUGAGAGCUUUGUGUGUGAAAAUACCAAAGUAGGCCAGGUAAUUCAAAUAUUCAGUGCAAAGGACCAGGAUCUGCCACAAAGUGGUCAUAACUUCUCCUUCAAACCAUCAGAGAGGGACGUCAACAACAAGAACUUCACUAUCCUAGACUUUGGAAAUAACACAGCGGGGAUAGUGACUCUGCGGAGCGACUUCCGACGGCGUUCCCAGGAGAUCUACUUCCUUCCUGUGGUGAUCCAGGACAGCGGCUACCCCGUCCAAAGCAGUACGGGCAUCCUGACCAUCCGUGUGUGUGGCUGCGAGUCGGAUGGAUCGCUCCUCACCUGCAGUGCAGAGGCCAUCUUCCUCCCAGUGGGGCUGAGUACAGGGGCCCUGAUAGCCAUACUCCUCUGCAUUGUCAUUCUUCUGGUGAUCGUGGUCAUCUACGUAGGUCUGAGACGACAGAAGAAGAAGGAGACUCUGAUGACAUCCAAGGAGGACAUCCGUGACAAUGUAAUCCACUACGACGAUGAGGGAGGGGGCGAAGAGGACACCCACGCUUUCGACAUGGGCACCCUCCGCAACCCCAAAGUCAUUAAGGAGAACCUUCUGAAAGAGAACCGGGACCUUCUCCGACGGGAUGUCAAACCUGACCCCAAAACCGGCAAAAAACGAACUCCUGUUUCCCAAGACAGUGAAGAUAUCCGUGACUUCAUCAAUCAGCGACUGAAGGAAAACGAUGUGGACAACUCGGCCCCACCCUAUGACUCUCUAGCUACCUAUGCCUAUGAGGGAGAGGGCUCUGUAGCAGAGUCGCUCAGCUCCAUCGAGUCUCUGGUAGUAGAUGCCGAUGAGGACUAUGAUUACCUCAACAAAUGGGGUCCUCGAUUUAAGACUCUGGCGGGAAUAUUCGGAGAGCAGUCGUAUACUCAAGCAGACACAACGACAACAACAACAACAACAGAAAACAGACAUUGAUGAUGUUAUUCACUUAGUAGACUCCAAAAGUGGACAUGAAAUGGCAUUCUUAACAAAAUGUUUUUGUGCUUUUUUUCUAUUUCAGGGUUUUAUUUUUUGCAAAUCAAUUUGUUGAAUUUUUUUCUUUUUAUCGUCAAUCGCAAUAUGUUUAAAAGGAGGAUAGAUAGCGAGAUGAAAAAGACAGCCUUUCAAUUACAUUUAUAUUGAAUAUUGUUUUUUGUCUUCUUUAUGUCUUCACUUCUAGGGGGAAUAAAGAGAGAAAACACAGAAAAUGCAAGCAUUUUCUUCUUUGACAUCCUUAAAAGUGCCUCAAAAUAAUUGUUUUCAGAUUUUUUUAUUCACUGCACAUACUGUAUCCUUCUCUCUCUCUCUCUCUCUCUCUCUCUCUCUCUCUCUCUCUCUCUCUCUCUCUCUCUCUCUCUCUCUCUCUCUCUCUCUCUCUCUCUCUCUCUCUCUCUCUCUCUCUCUCUCUCUCUCUCUCUCUCAAAGACACUGGCAUAAAACUGGUCAUGCAAGCAUAGGCUGACUGGCAGACAGAGGCAUGUCGAUUUGAGACUACUCUCAGUUGGACAAGUUAUGAGACAAUUAUGUGGCCCAUGUUUGGCCAAAGAUAUUUUGAAUGUUAUUUAUUUAUUAUUAUUAUUUAUUUAUUGUCUGGGUGUUUUUGUUUUUGUUGGUUUCCUUUGUUAACAUAUUUAUCUAUUUAUGUCUUAACCAUAUACAUAUUUUUGAUUUUUGAAGACACUUGAGGAUUUUCUAAUUAUUCCAUGACCCACACGAAAAUUGACAUUUCAGUCAGGUGAGUCAGGUGUAUAGACUUGUACUUGUUGUUAAAAUUAAUUUAGGGCUAACCAAGGUAAUGCAGUUCAGCCAAUGUAAUAAAUACUGUUUUCAUAAAUAAACACCACUG